GGCACGUCACACGUCACUCUCCCCUGGUUCCCUCUGGAGCAGAUGCUUCUCCCAUAAUGGCGGACACGUGCAGUCAGAUGUUGCUGGGGUCCGGACUCACUGUCCUUUCCCACCCGCUCAUGUACAUCAAGGUGCUGGUACAGGUCGGACACGAACCUCUCCCUCCAAGUUUAGGUAGAAACCUCUUUGGCCGUCAGGUUUAUCAGCUGCCGGGCUUCUUUGCAUAUGCUAAACACAUUGUGAAGAUCGAUGGGAAAGCAGGUCUGUUUAAAGGCUUAGCUCCAAGACUAUGUGCUGGAACCAUUGGGACCCUUGUUCACAGCAGAGUUCUACAGAACUACCAGGAGGCUGACAAGACAGAGGAAUCAGGAAACAGCCAGAAAGAGGACCUGUCAUCUCUGCAGCAGGUUGUGAAUGAGACAGCCAGGGAGAUGGUGGCACGUUCUUGCGCCACGAUUGUCACUCACCCCUUCCAUGUGAUCACUUUAAGAUGUAUGGUACAGUUUAUUGGAAGGGAAACAAAAUACAGUGGAGUGUUUGACUCGGUUGUAACUAUCUACAAGGAAGAGGGAAUCUUGGGUUUUUUUGCUGGUCUCAUUCCCCGCCUCCUUGGUGAUGUCAUUUCCUUGUGGCUGUGCAACAUGCUUGCUCAUGUAAUAAAUACUUAUGCAUUAGACAACUCUAUGUCCCAUAUGGGGGAGAUAAAGAACUGCUCCCAGGCUGUCACGGGGUUCUUUGCUAGUAUGCUAACCUACCCCUUCCUCCUGGUAUCAAACCUCAUGGCAGUCAAUAACUGUGGACUUGCUGGUGGCCUUCCUCCUAGCGCUCCUGCUUACCCCUCUUGGGUUGAAUGCUGGAGGACCCUCAGCAGAGAGGGUAACAUGAGCAGAGGGAACAGCCUGUUUUUCAGGAAGAUGCCUGUGGGGAAGAGAUAUGCAGUGGAUCAGAAACGAUUUUUUUAAAGAAAAGUGCAUCAGAAUAGAGUCUAAUUGUAAGAAGUAUAAAAUAAGAUGAAUAGAAAUGAAUUUGGAUUCUUUGUAUGCAUUUGUUUACAAUAAUGUACUCCCAAGAUUUUUUUUGUUUUUGUUUUUGUAAACAACAAUCUGUUAAAUCUUGGAAGCAGUUAAAACCGUAAUGCAUUUUAUGACAGUGUUGAAUGGCUUUGAUUAAAAGUGUAAAGAAUC